AUGAAAUUGACUUCAUUAUUGUGCUUGCCGGUUGUACGAAAUUGGAAAGGAGUAGCUGUUUGGCAAGAAUCAGAUCGUAUUAAAUUCCCGAAAGGCAAAAGUGAACGACGUUUCGCCUUACAUAAGUCACCAGCUGUCUACGCUUUUGUUAUUACACUGUAUAUGCUUUACUCUCGGGUCCGAAGUGAUAGUGAUAAGAAUUACAGACCAAUAUGGGCUCGAAUCAGUGCGAAUCAAGAGAACACAGCAGCGUUACCGGACCGAUCCCAGCUAACGAAGUAUACAUAUAUGUUUUUUGAAUUCUUGCUGAUCAAAGCACUGGUGAAAGAGGCGCCGCCGGAAACGAAAGAUUUUUAUUUCCAACAAACAAUGCUUCGCAUCAAAGAUCCUCGGAAAACGUUGCCAUUUUACUGUAAUAUUCUGGGGAUGAGAUUACUGAAGCAGAUGGAUUUUCCAGAAGGAAAAUUCUCCUUGUAUUUCUUGGGCUAUAAGCCAGCAUCAGAAAUCCCAAGUGAUCCUGUAGAGCAGAAACGCUAUGCACUUUCGACAUUAGCAACGAUCGAAUUAACUCAUAAUUGGGGCACCGAGAACGAUCCUAAUUUCAGUUAUCAUAAUGGAAAUAAAGAACCACGAGGUUUCGGUCAUAUUGGUAUAGCAGUAAAGGAUGUAUAUGCGGCAUGCAAACGUUUCGAGGAAUUAGGCGUUGAGUUCGUGAAGAAGCCCGACGAUGGUCGCAUGAAGGGAUUAGCAUUUAUUCAGGAUCCGGAUGGUUAUUGGAUCGAAAUAUUCAAUCCUUAUACUGUAUAG